GAGCCGCUUCGCGGUUUUCCUGUCUCUUUAACAAGGAAAUCUCUCGCCCGUUUGGGAUCAGCUGGGUGUCUCGGUUGUGUGUGUAACAAAAUGUUGGGUGAUGGUUUUUAGCUCAACUUAGGUAUUUAAUCGUACAGUACGGUAUUAUACUUCAAUACCGUGUGGACACCCAUUUUGUAACGGUUAAAGUGUACCGUCUACAUGUGUGUUUUUCAGCUACCAAUUCAUCUACAGCGGUGUGUGAAUACUCAGAAAGAAGAGUUUGGCUUUGUCAUUCUGGCGAGUAAGGACAGUUAACGUAGCUGCUUUAUCCCUGUGAAAGAGACAUUGAUCUGUCGGUUCCAUCAGCUUGCUUAAGCAGCUGGAGAGACUCCGGGAACAUGAGAAGCAGAGUGGAGCACCUGAAGUAUGGAGAACAGCCUGACGAAAGCUGCUGUACCAGGGAUCUCCUGCUGAGAUAACUGUGACCCCCCACCACCACCACCACCUCCAUUGAUAACGACACGAGUGUGCACCUCUUUUUUACAGCGCAGAAUCGUAGCUCGCCGCCCCUCAGGCACGCUCCGGAGUUCUCCCCAGACUGAGAUGUCGCAGUCCCCAGAAGCAGAGGAGCGGGGCAAGGAGAAGGAACGGGGCGCCCGACCCAAAGUGAGACAGAGCCGCUCGGAGGAGAGGAGGGAGGGCAAUGGCCGGAAGAGUGGAAGAGGGAAGAAGAAAGGCAGGCCUCCCCAGAAUCCACUUCCGGAGCGCCCCGUGAGCGAUGGCUUUGAGUAUGGAGAGCUGCAGGGUGGUAGAGACCCUGGGGACACUGGGUUGCCUUUUCAGGAGAGGUGCAGGUGGCAGGACCUGACGUCAGCGGGCACUGCCCUGCAGGAGUUGGGCGUGGACAGGCCGGUGGCAGGGACAGAGGAAGGGGAGGGCGAAGGUGGCAGUGCAAAGUUGCCCAGCAGCCGCUCCUUGCGGCAGAAGAUCCAGGAUGCAGUGGGGCAGUGCUUCCCCAUCAAGAGCAGCAGCACUCCGUCUCCCAGCCUCUCCCCCUCUUCCUCCACCUCGUCAUGUGCCUCCUCUUCCUCUCGCAGGAAGAUCCACCUCAGCGAGCUCAUGCUGGACAAGUGCCCCUUCCCAGCUGGCUCUGACCUGGCACAGAAGUGGUACCUCAUCAAGCAGCACACAGUGCCCAUCUCCCAGCCUGCCCUGCUGGACACCCUCAACGGGAACACACUGGACUCGCCCAUCACGGCUGUGGUGGAGGAUGAAGAUGACCGCCUUCGGGAGAGGAGGCGCAUCAGCAUCGAGCAGGGAGUUGAGCCCCCGCCCAAUGCCCAUAUCCACACCUUUGAGGUGACUGCACAGAUCAACCCACUCUACAAGCUUGGGCCCAAACUGGCGCAUGGCAUGAAUGAGCUGGCAGGAGAUGACCGGGCUACACUGCAGCAGCAGCUACAGCUACAGCAGCAACAACAACAACAACAGCAGCAGCAGCAGCAACAGCAACAACAGCAACAGCAACAGCAGCAGCAGCAACAACAACAACAACAACAGCAGCACUUCCUUCUGCAAAACUGCUUGGACACCUUAGAUGAUGUGGUCGCUUCUUCUGCUUCAUCUGCAGCAUCCUCUUCCAAUUUGUCAUCUUCAGCCGCCGCGGCUGUCCGACCACUGUCCUCUGCGGUCCUGCAGUCGGAUCGCCUGAAAGCCAGGGAGAGCUACCGGGUCCACACGCAGAUCGACUACAUCCACUGCCUGGUGCCCGACCUCCUCCAGAUCACUAACCUGCCCUGCUACUGGGGGGUGAUGGACCGCUACGAGGCCGAGGCCCUCCUGGAGGGCAAGCCGGAGGGCACCUUCCUGCUGCGGGAUUCGGCCCAGGAGGACUACCUCUUCUCCGUCAGCUUCCGGCGCUACGGCCGCUCCCUGCACGCCCGCAUCGAGCAGUGGAACCACAACUUCAGCUUCGACGUGCACGACCCCAGCGUCUUCUACGCCUCCACCGUGACGGGCCUCCUGGAGCAUUACAAGGACCCCAACUCCUGCAUGUUCUUCGAGCCGCUGCUCUCCAACCCCAUCCACCGCGUCCACCCCUUCAGCCUGCAGCACAUCUGCCGGGCUGUGAUUGCCAGCUGCACCACCUAUGACGGCAUCGAUGUUCUGCCCAUCCCCAGCGCCCUCAAGGAGCACCUCAAGGAGUAUCAUUACAAGCAGAAAGUGCGAGUCAGGAGACUUGACACCUGGUGGGAGUAGCCUGAACAGCGCCUUCCUCAGCUCACCCUGCCCUCCAGUUUAGAGCUCACGUCAAGUCAGCGUUCUCGUGCACGUUCCUGGCACAACAGGCGCUACUUGACAUUCAUAGGCGUAUUUUUCUUUCCUGUAGAUUUUCUUUUUUUACUUGUGGAAUUGCCCUCUCGGUUACAUUUUGCAGGAACCACUGCACUGGUGCUGAGGAUUGGAAGCUCAUGCGCGGAACAUGCUGGCCGUUUCUGCCAGGCCCUGCUACCUGAAGGCUUUCUUUCACAAGGCCUAAUCCUAAGGUAGUUCAAGUAGGGAACUCCGUCAGCAUGCAUAGGCUGCAAAGGAACAAGUAAAGGUUUAUUCCAUGCUGAGAAGAGAAGAAAAGAAACACGUUUUGGCUGUGGAGCCUUCUUCAGGUGUAUCUAAUUUUAAGGUAGAAGAUAAGUUGGUAGAUUUCAGUGAAUUCCUGUCACUUUUCUUGGUUCUUUUUAUUUAUUGUCGUCUUUAUUAGCAGGUUCUAUUUAGACCUCUGAAAAGCUGUUGUCCAAUGAAGUAAUUCAUGUCACUAUCCUACAGAGGAUCCUUUUUAAUGCUUAUUCCAGCAUCUUUCUUAAAGGUGGAUGGGAUUUCAAAAUAAAAGAGCCAAGUAUGUCUUAAUGUACCACUUUUUUUUGGUUUUGCCAUUCUUUAUUUCAUAUCUAUUUACAACAUCUGAUCCUGGAGGAAGCGUUGUUAACUGUUAUUUCCUUACUUGGUCGCAACUCUUUGUUUUCACCCAAUUAAUCUGUUUGUUCCCAAAUGUCAAGCCUCACCCCAUCUCACACCUUACUGAUGUGCUCACUGGAGCACUGCUGCAGCGAUAUGGAACUGGGAUUCUAUAAAAAACACCUUCAUAAGUUAAGGGGUCUCCUUGUGUGUCCUGUUCCAAAUCUGGAGUCCUAAUGCCUUGUGCCGAUAAAUGUCCACAUUAAGCAAUUUUAUUCCAGUCAAGCUUUAUCACUGAGCAGCCUGCUGAUACUUUUAAAGUAGAAAAGCCCAAUAAAGUGAAGAAAGUGGGGGGAAAAAAUUAGGAACGCGAAGAUGAGGAGCUUUGUGCUAUCUGGUUGUGCAGUAAAGAAGGGUGGGACCACUCUUGACGAAUGUUAGUGGGAGCCAAUUAAUAGCCUGCUCGUCUAGCUGUCCUCCACCUUGAAACAGCAGAGAGAAUGGAGGAGAAUGGAUCGCUGGUACUUUUGAUUACCUAGAACUACCUCUGCUCUCUGGAACAAGCACAUUUCCCAAGCACGAAAUGACUAGCCAUAUCACUUAUGAAAAAACAACAACUUUUGUAUCCUCUGUGGUUGGUCGUUGUGUAAUGAAAUCUGUGAUCCACAAAUAAUCCUGAUGACAAACGAAGGGAUUGCGAAGUUGAUAAUGGCACCUGGAAGAUAUUUGGGUGUUUGGACAUAAACUGCAUGACCCAGUUCCAACGUAGACCAUCUGCACGGGCUAAGACCCUUUUGUCUUAUCAUAUUUGAGACUGAAUACCCAAGUGGAAAAUGAAACCUUCUUGUUUUGUGACAAACUACAAUAUAGAGCAGUUCCGGUCACAGUUACAUCAUACCUUAAAUUACCUUGGCAAAAUAAUGUCAGAAUCAUAGGCAGUUUUCCUUCGGUGCUGUAUCGGGCUGCUUGCUGUCUCACAUAGGAUUUAUAGACCUGGGAAGGACUGGGCUGUUGGGUGGUGUAACACCAUGGGAAGACCAUCCUGUACCUGAAACUCAGGAUUGAUAUUCCAGCCUUCAGAACAGAAGACAAUUUCCAAAGUCAUAUCUCCUGCAAGUCUUUCAAAAUGGUACGGGCGCAUUUCAGGUGGGAAAAUGAAACAUCAAGCACCCCGUCUCCUCUCAGUGAAGCCCCUUUGAUCGUCAGAACAUAAGAUCCCGUGUGCUGUGGAGUCUACAAAAGAAAACACAUGCUGACAUUUCUUCAGUUGCCCAGAAUGAGCCAGUGUUUGUGAGUUUUUGGUUAAGACUUUGCAUUCUCUGCCUUGAUUCGGUAUGUAUUAAGAACUUGUCCCUGGGAAUUUAUCAGGAAGCAAAACGUUGCUGCACAAUGUGUUUUGCCCUUAAGGACUUGGGCAGAACUUUCUUAUCUUGCUACCUACUGUUGGUUCACUCUGUUGAUAUUUCUGUUACCUUUGUUCUUGGUCAUCUCUGAUUAAAGCUGGUCUCGGAAAAGAGUAAGUUGCCCCAUGCAUUUGGUUGAGUGUACUAACUGUACUAGUCUCCGAGUGUCUGCUGUCAAUAAUUUUUUUUAAGUUUUGGCAAGUGUUUUCACGAAGUCAUUUUGUCUGGAAUGGUUAAUUGGAUCAUCAAUUGAUGGCCUUAGCAAAGAAACUAAGCACAGCCUAAAUUCCAUAAAUUACUCCUGUAAUUACUCCUCCUAAAUGACUCCUGUAAUUUUUCAGGAAAACUCUGAGUUUGUGCACUAUCAUUGGGGGUGGUCGAAAAAUGAGGUUUAGGUUUGGACACUCAUUAUUCUUGAACAGGCUUUAUAAACAUGUUUUCUUGUGAACUGCCGGGGGCUUUUCUCUGUGAUAAUUUGAUCAUGGCUGUCAUUCUCCAUUCCAAGUUAGUCUCAGAGUGUUGGCUGUCAUGCAUCCUAUUUAGUUUUGCAAGUGUUUCCAAGAAGUCAUUUUUUCUGAAAUGGUUAAUUGAGAAAUUAGGAGAUAUUUAUGGUUUCUUUAAAUACACAAAGCACAGCCUAAAUACAGACAUUGUGCAGGCAAGAACUGAAUCAAAUAGAAAAAAAAGCAUUAAAGUGUUGUGCCCACUAUUUUUACAUAGAAAAAAAGUCUGUCUACAUGUCUAUGCUUACCCCAAAUUUGUACUUCCUUUAUUGUGCUGUAUGAAGUUCAUCUUGUGAAUGAUGUAAACUGUACAGCACAGGACAGGAAUAUUUUCUUUGAUUUACUUUGUAGCAGCUCUUCGAAUACAGCUAUAAUUUCACGUGUCAGACCGGUAACUUUAGAGGAUGCAAUUUAUGAGUGACUUAUUGCACUGUUUUUUACAUUGUUAAAUCUGAAAUAAAACUGGAUUUAUCUGAACUUGUACUUAAACUGCAAUUGCUGCCAGCACUUCAUAAGUCUCGGAAUGAAUUAUUCUUCACCGAUUCAUGCUUGAGCUCAUAAUUCAGUCUGCUGCGUGCUUUGUCAUGGUGGUAAUCAAAUGAGACAUUUUUAGACUUUGUCAUUUGUAUUCUAAUCCCUGAGGUACAGUAGUGUAUUACAUUGUCUUCUCUGCAAGUAAAGAAACUAUUUUCUGAAAGUAGUUAAGUCAACAUAGAAAGAAAGGCAGUAAAACAUUUUCAGGUCAUAUAAUGCUUCUGUGACUAAAUUGAAUUUAAUAUACUGUUCUCUUUGGCUUUGCAGUUUAUUCCUCAGUAAAGGGCUUUAUAUUAGGGAGUAACUCUUCUCUGUUAGCAGGAUUCACCCUGUCUGUUAUACAAAAACGUAGAUUUUUGUCCUAUUUAAAAAGCCAAAAAGUCGUAUUGCCAUAUGCUAAAAAUUCACAAUGCAGUCAUGAUUCAUUCACCUGUCAUGGGUGCUACUGUGCAGUUGCUGUUAAUCACUAUGUGAUGUUGAGGUUGGCGGAAUAUUAAGCACUGAAAUCUUUUUUUUCUGUCAGUCCGCAAUGUACGAAACUAUCCACUGUAUUUGCACAUAAUCUUGUUUACAUUCCCAUAUUGUUAGCAUUCUCCAGGUUUAGACCUCUGCGUUUUGAUCUCAAGUGUAACGCUGCCAACUUUUUUUUUUGCAAAGAUGCAGAAAAAACAUUGAUGUGCACGGACUCUUAAAAGCAAGAAGCACUGUUUCCUGAACAGUCGAUUCUGUAUGCCACUUGUUGGAAUGCGUUUGCUUUUGCUAGUAAAUCUGUUGAUGUUGGA